AGUCGUAGUUGACAGUGAUUGCAUGACUUCUGUACAACGUCCGAUUAGUUUUUGCGUUUUAUUGUCUUCUUUUGUACUGCAAAUUCGACUCUAGCAAGUUGAUUUCGUUUAGUUAUGUCUGGCAUUGCUUUGGGCAGAUUAUCAGAAGAGAGAAAAGCUUGGCGUAAAGACCAUCCUUUCGGAUUUGUGGCCAAACCGGUUAAAAAUCCUGAUGGUACUCUAAAUCUGAUGAACUGGGAAUGUGCGAUCCCAGGAAAGAAAGCGACCCCAUGGGAAGGAGGCUCUUUCAAAUUGAAGAUGAUAUUUAAAGACGACUAUCCAUCCUCUCCGCCAAAAUGUAAAUUUGAUCCUCCAAUUUUCCAUCCUAAUGUAUACCCAUCUGGCACAGUGUGUCUGUCUCUUCUAGAUGAAGAGAAAGACUGGAGACCUGCCGUCACUAUAAAACAGAUUUUAUUGGGAAUUCAAGACUUACUGAAUGAUCCAAACAUAAGAGAUCCAGCUCAAGCAGAAGCAUACACCAUUUACUGCCAAAACAGAUCAGAAUAUGAGAAACGAGUCAGAAGUCAAGCUGCAAAGUUCUCAAGUUCAUAGUGAAUAAAGAAAAAUAUAAAAUACUUCGCUAGCAGACGUGUAGGUUAACAGUGACUGGCAGAAAUUGGAUUUAUUUUUUCUCCGUUUGUAAACAACAAUGUGGAGUGGAGCAAGAAUUCAUCCGUAACUGCGUUAAUACCACAGCUGUUGUUGUGAAUUGGAAGGAACAAUCAUGUCUGUUAUUUUAGGAAGUUUCACAAUGUACAGUUCAACUAACUUAUACUAAAAAACAGCUAAAGUUCACCUUAGUCUAUGUUAGUUUUGUUAAAGCUUCUCUGUAGAAGGUUUGGGAGGGUUGUAAUGGCUGUAACUAUUCAGGGAGAUCUGUCAAAGUACACUCUCUAAUCCCAUUGUUUCUUAAGGAAUGAGUCAUUAUUUAUUGUCUGGUGGGACGGAGGAUUUUAAUCGUGUCACAAUAAAAUUUACCUGAUCUUCCCAUAAGACCUGUAGUAAUCUAAUGGUCCCUGUCAUUGGCAGUCAAUUUUCUAUAGUUUCCUGUUAACCUCUGUUAGCUACAACUGAUGCCCCCUCUGUACCCCCCUAAAAUUGUGUUCCCCCAAAGAAAUCCUUCCACCCACCCCAUACCUCCAGGUGAUAACUAAUGACAGGUCCUUAAUUCAUUCUCUUUUUUUUGUUCUUGAUUAUUUGACUAAACCAAAGGCGAUAAGUAAGAUAUACCCCAAUACGAUUUGACGAACAAUCUCUAGAUUUUUUAUUUAAUCUUUAGUUGUAGAUGUAAUCAGAGGUGCAAAGCUUUACUGUUUUGAGUGUAAAGUGCCUGUUUCUAGGGAUCCAGUGAAACCAGUAGUGUUGGGAUUGUAAAGAGUUCAAAGAAUACCUCAAAGCACCAAUCAUAAUGCUCUAAUGUUGACAACUGCUAAUGAUUGGUUCAGCCUCUGGCUUUCAUUAAAAACGUCAAAAAAUAA